AGAGAAAACGGACAGCUUUGAGACUUUGGUGGCUAUGGGGACUCGGGAGGUUUAUGAAGAGAGGUUGAGAACAGGGAAUCUGCAUCAUGAUCCGACUAUCAAGCCUGGAUUGGGUUCUGCUCGCUGCCCUCGCUGCUUGUCUCUCUUAAACCCCACCUAUGACAAAUCAGAAUGGACAAUCACACCGGUUUUGCAUGACUUUACUGCGGUGGCUGGCUCUGUAAUGGGCGGAAUGCUUAGCACAGUCUAUGGGUUGAACACAGAAAAACUAUCUUUCAGGUAUCCCCUUUGUUCAGAGGCGUGUCAAGGGAUCAAAGUGGCUUCCUUUUAUCAUUGGGGUUCCUCCACUUCUGAUGUUUUCUGCAGCUAGUGCAGCAUUUGGUGGUCAUGCACUUCCAAAAUUUACACAGCUCACUGUGACCUCAUAUUAUGCUGCUUCAAGUGCAUCACAUCAUGGUAUAUCAUUGCUUACAAGGCACAUUGAAGAAUCACAUACUGCAGCCGCUCAACGUGAAAAACUCAGCUGAUUACGUCCAGCUCCGUCCCCGAAGCAGAAACAGAGCUUCGUCGAACAAAGCACGCAGCACAGAAAGCUUAAUGAGAUAAGGCGGGGCAGAUGGGCAGUCUUGCGGAGGAGCGAGCGCGGCGGCAGAGAGAGCAAUGGUAGCGGCAGGCUCGAGCCGCGCGGCAGGCUUAGGCCGCACGGCAGUCAUGUUUUUCUUCUUCUCCUCGGCCUGCUAUGUUCCUCUUUCUUCUAGUCCCUUCUUUUCCUUGCUCGGCAGUAGGCUUGUUUUUUGCUCCGUGUCUGCGGCAUGAAGCUUGUGCUUAUUCCAAUUUCUAGUAAAAAAAAAUUAUUUACGUUUUGCUUUAUUUCUUUCUCCGGUUUAUUUUCUUCCAUUAUCUCCUCCUCUAUGGUCUGGCACACACAUCGGCGACAACAGCGGCAGAUAUUGUCAUAGAAGAAACAAUUGUGGCAGUGGCAGAUUCGACAACAAUAGUGAGGUGUGAAGAGAUUGGGAGUCUCAACUUCUUCCUUCCCUUAUUUUCAGCUUCUUUCAUCAAUUUAGGUUAUUUUUUAAUUUUGAUUUUUUUCCGUCCUCCUCUUGACUCCAACACAUACAGUAAGUAGUGCUAUGUUUUUUUUAGAGAAGAAAAGUGCUGGCUUUAAUUUGUCAAUGUAAUUGGAGAUUGUUGAUAUUAAUAUUAAUACAUUAUUGUUGAUAAAUGAUUUUAAUAAGGGUCUUUCUACGGUGCACAAACUAAUUUCAUGUGUUUUGGUACAUUGCAUUUCUUGUCCAAUAAAAUCAUAGCAUGGUGCCACAUCAUAGUGUCAUAUCUUUCUCAAAUAUUUGUGGCAUCACCAUUACACCAAUGGGAUACCGGUGCAUAGUCAUUUAUGCAAGUCACCGUAGAAUUUUCCUUUUAAUAAAGUGAUUGUUAUAAUGA